UAUGAUUCAUGCGCUCACAUAUAAAUACAAGUGGGAAAAAAUAUUUUUUUAAUGAGUACCGAGGUCAGUUCCAGUGCACUUGUUUCUAAUUAUUUAUAUAGUUUUGGAGGGAUCGCAUCGAAACGGCAAGACACAAUGACAUCGAUUUGCAACCCUGAUCUGCCAUGCGUGCACGCAAUAGCCGUUGGUAUAAACACUGUCAGCAACAUCAGGAUACAAGGAAGCAUACCACAUAAAGCUCAAUAGUACGUCUUCUCAUCUCAGAUCAGUUUGAAACUACAACUAGCAAAUAGUAAAAUUUUCAAGAUAAACCUGAUAUGCGGUGAUGACAUCGCAUUCCACUUCCACCCUAAAUUCGACAAGAUGGAGAUAGUUCGCAACACCUGCAGUGCCGGAGUUUGGGGGGAAGACGAGAAGAGCGGGGGUAUGCCCCUCAGCAGAGGAGAUAACUUCGAUAUACUGAUCGCGUCUGAUGAAGAAUCUAUUAGGGUGUCCAUCAACGGGCAGCACUUCUGCGAGUAUAUUCAUCGUAUCCCGUACCGCAUCACUCGCCUGGAAGUCCAUGGCGACGUCAACAUAUACGAUAUAAAGUGCAAUAAUCGCUCACCGUCCCAAGAUCCCUAUGACCAGAAUAUGCAGUGCGUGCAUAAAAUACCCGGUGGCAUAUGCAGUAGCAGCAAGAUCAGGGUACAAGGAAGCAUACCACAUGAUGCUAAAGGAAUCAGGAUAUAUCUGAAAUGCACGUCACGCAAACGCGUCAUAUUCUACAUCAACCCUAGAUUCGACCAGAUGGAGGUAGUUCGCAGCAUGAACAAUUACAGUGACAAAGUUUGGGGGAAAGAAGAGAAGAUCGGGGGUAUGCCCCUCAGCAGAGGAGGCAACUUCGAUAUGCAGGUCGAAUCUGAUGAACAAUCUUUAAGGGUGGCCUUCAACGGGCAGCACUUCUGCGAGUUUGUUCAUCGCUUAGGGUUCCUGCCCAUCGACGAGCUGAUUAUAAACGGCGAACUCAAUGUAAAACUGAUCAGCUUAUAAAAGGCACAAUAUUUCAUUAUAUAUUUUAAAAAAAUAUAAAGCAUUUAAAUUAAGCAUUAUCUACUAGUAUGAGAUUGUCAUUGUCAUUAAAAAAUAUCUUAGCCAUAAUAAUUAGCCUCAAUACUCAAUACUCAAUACUUUAUUUGCUUUCCAUGUGUAUUCUUAGCCUACCACUUAAAUGUUAUACAAUAAAAUACGAAACUCAAAAUAAAACAGGCUUCCAAAAACUAUGACAAGUUAAAAUCAAAGGAAUUUUAAUUGCACACGGCUCUCAAAUAUUGCAUGUACGAGAUAAAUUGAGAAAACCUUUUUGAAAACUUGGUUCAAUACAUUAACUCUCACAGUUGGUAUAAUGGAAUAGCAACUCCUUUACUGUAAUCUUCUCUAUUUAUGUUCAAGUUAAUAUUUGUAUAAAACUGUAAUUUUGUGAAAUAAACAGCUUUUUUUAUUUA